AUUUAAUCACCUGUAAGUUGCUCUGACAAGACGCAGAGACACACUUACUGACCAUCAGCAUCCACGAUACACCAUGGCACAGAAGCUGGACAGAGCGCCCUCUACAGACAGUGUCAAAUCCAGCCAAUCAGCUGAUGGCUCCGCCCCCAAACCCGCCCUCCGCAAAUCACCGCCCGGCGAAGCAAACAAGAAGAAGAAAAGCAAGAAGUCCAACGAGGACGCCAUGAACAAGGUGUACACCAACCUGCUGAACAGCGUCUUCGGUCAGGAGAGAGAGUUAUCUCAGCCGGAGCUGGACGAGCUGGCGGAGGCCUUCAAAGAGUUCGACUAUGAUCAGGACGGCUAUCUGAACUACAAAGACCUGGCGGAGUGUAUGAGGACCAUGGGCUACAUGCCCACCGAGAUGGAGCUGCUGGAGAUCAUACAGCAGAUCAAGAUGAGGCUGGGUGGUCUGAUGGACUUUGAUGAUUUCUGUGAGCUGAUGGGGCCGAGGAUGAUGGUGGAGACAGCUGACAUGCUCGGACUCAAAGAGAUCAAAUCCUCCUUCUGUCAGUUUGACACUGAUGGCGAUGGGAAGAUCUCUGUGGAUGAGAUGAAGGAGGCUGUGAAGAAUCUGCUGGGAGAAAAACUGAAGAAAGGAGAACUGGAGGAGAUUCUGAAGGAGCUCGACCUCAAUGGAGACGGAACUGUGGACUUUGAUGAGUUCGUGAUGAUGCUCUCGGUUCACUAACGGCCUCAUCCUGCUCCUCAUUUCACAUCUGAUGGGGAUCUUUCAUCCUACAGCAAUGACACACACACACACACACACACACACACACACACACACACUACAGUCAGAUUCAUUUUCAUCCAGAUGUAACGGAGCAUUGUGCACUUUAGAUGACUGUAUACUGAAUGUACUGUAAAUGUUAUUUUCAUGCGUGUAGACAUUUGAACGAGUGUCGAAAUCUUCUCCUGUAAUGUGGACAAAUGUAUUUUUUUAGUUUUGAUAAUAAACAGUGAAAGUCUGA